GUCUCUGAGACGCUCUUCGGAACCGGUUUCGCGUCGCGGAGCCGGCUGGUCCCGGCACUGCGGCUGAGGUGUUCGCUCGCUGCACCUCCCUGGAGGUAGCGGGGUCAGGUGUGCCCCAGCUCCGGUCAGUGCCAUGAUCCGGCAGGAGCUCUCCACAUCCUAUCAGGAGCUGAGUGAGGAGUUGGACCAGGUGGUUGAGAACUCAGAGCAGGCAGACGAGCGGGACAAGGAGUCGGUCAAAAUCCAAAGUCCGGGCAUCUUACCAGGCCUGGACAGCGAGUCUGCCUCCAGCAGCAUCCGCUUCAGCAAGACCUGCCUGAAGAACGUCUUCUCAGUCCUGCUCAUCUUCAUCUACCUGCUGCUCAUGGCCGUGGCUGUCUUCCUGGUCUACCAGACCAUCACGGACUUUCGUGAGAAACUCAAGCACCCUGUCAUGUCCGUGUCCUACAAGGAGGUGGAUCGCUAUGAUGCCCCAGGUAUUGCCCUGUACCCUGGUCAGGCCCAGCUGCUCAGCUGUAAGCACCACUAUGAGGUCAUUCCACCUCUGAGAAACCCUGGCCAGCCAGGCGACAUGAACUGCACCACGCGGACGAUCAACUACACGGACCCUUUCUCCAAUCAGACCUUGAAGUCGGCCUUGAUUGUCCAGGGACCCCAGGAAGUGAAGAAGCGGGAGCUGGUUUUCCUGCAGUUUCGCCUGAACCAGAGUAGCGAGGACUUCAGCGCCAUCGACUACCUCCUCUUCUCGUCUUUCCGGGAGUUCCUGCAAAGCCCAGACAAGGUAGGCUUCAUGCAGGCCUGUGAGAGUGCCUAUUCCAGUUGGAAGUUCUCUGGGGGCUUCCGCACCUGGGUCAAGAUGUCGCUGGUGAAGACCAAAGAGGAGGAUGGGCGAGAAGCAGUGGAGUUCCGGCAGGAGACGAGUGUGGUGAACUACAUUGACCAGCGACCAGCGACCGAGAAAAGCGCUCAGCUGUUUUUUGUGGUCUUUGAGUGGAAAGAUCCUUUCAUCCAGAAGGUCCAAGACAUAAUUACUGCCAACCCUUGGAACACUAUCGCUCUUCUCUGUGGGGCCUUUUUGGCAUUGUUUAAAGCGGCAGAGUUUGCCAAACUGAGCGUGAAAUGGAUGAUUAAAAUUAGGAAGAGGUACCUUAAAAGAAGAGGUCAGGCAUCAAACCACAUCAGCUGAAGUCGCCCUGUGAUGUUUGUAGAACUGCCUGUGUUCCUGGAAGCUCUCAUCACUUCCACCCUGCACACCGAGCUACCGGCAAGUCUCUGCUCCCUUGAAGAAAUGAGGCCCUGCUGGGAGGACCCCUGUCAAACUGGAACCUCCAACCCGGCCCCAAAGGAGGCUGCUUAGAGCCUAAUGGGAAAGAUCCAGUGGUAACCUAAGAGCUAUUUAAAUAUUUAAAUUAUUCAUGAACAUUUGAAAGAGCCGCCCAGUGACUUAGGCUCAAGGUUUGUGAAAGCCACUCUUCGUCCCGUGUGGCUCACCAUGUAGUCAGUGCCCUAACAUGAUGAUUACGGCUCUGCUCUUCACUUUAGGUUUUUCCCUGGACGGAGAGUGUGAUGAUUUUUUUUUUUUUUUUUAAAACACAGAUCUUGUUGAGAUGGACGGGACAUGCUUUGAAACCUACGCAUUGUACAUAAGGGCAAAACACUUAAGACUUUCUUGCCUCUGGUGGGCUCUCUCCCCGUUUAAACAUAAAAUGAGACCUUAAAACUACUGGAAAGUGUAAUUAAAUUUCGUAUGGAUCGAUUAGUCACCUGCCUGUCUGGCUGGAAUAUUUGUUGAUGCAGAUACGAGUUCGACAUGAUUAACACUCAGAAGCACUAGGAUAGAUGUAUACAGUAGAUGCUUACUCGGUGUAUUUUGCUGAUUUCAUUAAGGUAAGUAAGUUAGGUUAAUGCAAGAGGAAGGAGUGAGUGUGCCAGUGUGAACAACUGCUAAAUCAGUAGGCACCAAUACUGAUUCAUUCUGUGGCUUCCAAAAACAAGUUAGCUGGACUCCCAGGUGGAUGCUCUGACUCCUGACGUAUGUGCUGACUGCUCCCAGGGAAGGCUGGGAGGGCAUGGCGAUGAACGGCAGGAGGCAGGGAGAGCGACAGAGGUAAGCUGUGGUGACUGUUCACUGUGUCCUGCAGAGCCACCAUCCGAGAAAGGGGCUCUCCGCCUGACGCUGCGCUGAGACAGGUACCGGUACAAAGAAGUCACAAGGCAUUUGCCACACUGAUCGAAGGUUGUAAAAAUUGUUUUCAGAGUUUUAAAGUAUUUACAUACCCAUUGCAUCCGAAGAGGACAACUCACAUGUAUGACGAGGGCAUUUUUCUCUCGUGUCUGAUGGCUAGCCAGAGGCUGUUCUUUGGUUGAAGUAUUAAAGGUGAACUUGUGUAAGAAAAUACUCCCUGCUCUU